UUUGAGGAUCAAGCUGGCGCUGUCCAUUACCUGCGGUGCUGAAAUUGAUGAACCAACCCUGCAUCCCAUUUUGCAAUUUUGACAGCAUACUAAGUGGAUAGCGUUACGUGUUAAUUCUUCGAAGUAAGGUGAUACAAGCUUAUAAUUAUAGCAGCCUCAAACAAGUGGCCGUGGAGAGCUAGUCGGAGCCAAAAGUGCCAGUUUCCUUCACCGGCUCACUCCAGUCACAGCGUGGUGUUGCGUUUUUUCCCCACGAUCCGUUGUCCCAAUUCUUCAACGGCCGAUAGGUAAUUUUCUUACGCUCCCCGAGCUAUUAAAGGUUAAAUUACGUCGUGGGCGUAGCGGCUUCUUGUAAUGGCGACCGUGCCGUAGAUGUGCCUAGGUUUGUGAAAAUGAAGCGAAGAAGAAGUUAUUUCUUUUAAGUGAAACGCCGAGGUUCCCCGGAGGAGGACUUUGCGUCUAUAACCAUCAUCUCUAUAAGUGGUAAACUUAGCUGUACUUUUGAACUUUUGUGCCCCCGAAAUGAUGAAGCUCAAGUCAAACCAAACCCGGACGUACGACGGGGAUGGCUACAAGAAGCGGGCCGCCUGUCUGUGCUUCAGGAGCGAGACCGAGGAGGAGGUGCUGCUCGUGAGCAGCAGUCGACAUCCUGACAAGUGGAUAGUUCCUGGAGGGGGAAUGGAGCCGGAGGAAGAGCCCAAUGUUGCUGCAGCUCGAGAAGUGUGUGAAGAGGCCGGUGUGAAGGGGACUUUAGGUCGCUUAGUUGGAGUAUUUGAGAACCAAGAGCGGAAACACAGAACCUACGUCUAUGUUCUUAUUGUAACAGAGGUGCUGGAGGACUGGGAGGACUCGGUCAACAUUGGGAGAAAAAGGGAAUGGUUUAAAAUAGACGAUGCCAUACAAGUGUUGCAGUGUCACAAGCCUGUGCAGGCCACCUACUUUGAGGCUCUCCAGGAGAGUUGCCUGACCAGUAACGGAACACCUUUGGUGACCACGAUAGGUGGGGACCUCUCCCCUACCUACAGCAUCAAUCAGAGCUCCGUCUCGGGUAUCAGAUAACUAAAACCAUAACUCUGACACCCCCUGGAGCUUUCGCCACCACUUGCGCUCUUACUUGUGUCAUUUCUCUUCUCUUCUCUUCUCUUCUCUUCUCUUUUCUUCUCUUCUCUUCUCUUCUCUUCUCUUCUCUUUUUUUGUCUCAAUAACAUGGUUUGCCUUGCCAACUCCUUUGUGCCAGAACUGUGGCACAGACUUGAUGACAAGUGUUGGGUGAAUAGUCUGAAACACUUUGUAAAUGUAAAUGUAAUUUUUGACCCCUCCUUUUUUUUUUUUUUUUCUUUUUACUGACAACUGCAUGAAAUGUCCCCUCGCUCCUUUCAUUCUCUUUCCUUAACGCGCCCUUAGCGUGGUGUUUAUUGAAUGCAAGAACUACUUUUUACUGUUGUAAUGUAAAAGUGUAUACUUAGUGCUUAAGCUGAAGGCUUUUGGUGGUCUUUUUAACGUCUCCUCCAUUUUUCGUUAAUUUUUCUGUGAAUGAAUGUGCCCAAUAGUGUAGUCCCUCCCCUGUUAUAAGGAUAGGAAAUGUUGUCUGUAUCUGAAUGAACAGAAUUGUGGGAAGUGACUUGUGUUGCAUGAGCACUGUUAUGUUGCGUCACACUCGCUCGAGUGACCUGAUGCUGACUGUGCAACAGACUUGUAGUAAGGUCUUUGGAUUCUCUUUAUUUUGCUCCUUAUCGUAGAUAUUGUGAUGUCUCUUUUAUCAGAAGGAUAUGGCCCCUCAGUAGUCUUUCAAUUUCAAGUGUCAAGUGUGUUCUCUCUUUUUUGGGAAACUAGCCAAGCACUACAAGUUUCACUCUCAAACAGAGAAUAAAUACUGUACAGAGAGCAGAAGAAUGUCAACACACAAUGUAAAAUGAACCACCUUUCUCCUCAGUGUCUUUACCUCCUUUUAAUCCCGUUUGUUUUCUUUUUUUAAAAUGCUUCCUCCACAUACUGAGAGGUUAGAAGUAGUAUGUUUCAAAAUCAUGGACUUGUAAUUUCAAAAUGCAGCACAUAUCACUUAAGUUAUUAAAACCAAUUUCUGUAUUUUACUCCUCACAUUCAGUUUGGUUAAAAGCAAUUGUUUACAUUGUGUUCGUAAAAUAGCACAUGUGACUUUAGUGGGCACGUUUCAUUAUGGUCAUUUUUUUUUUUUUUUUUUUUACCCUUCUUUCUUUAGUAUUUAAUCUGCAUCCCCAAAAACACUCAAAACACCUGCUUGACAUUGAAAGUAAUGGAAUCUAUAAUGCUGUCUUUGGCAAGAUGCAGAACAAACAAGCCUUGUACAGUUUGAGACCUCGUUUUUAACAUGUAAAAUGCUUUUGGAUACUAGUUUUUGUUUUCUUUUUUUUUUUCUUCUUUUUUUUUUUCUCUCUAACGUCUGGCAAAAGUCUCUUCGGCCGAGCUGCGUCACUUGGCCUCUGUGGCGGGAGGCAGCUGGCUCAAUACUGUGAAACUGGAGGCGCUGUAGAUAGCAUGUAAGAGGUUUUUAUUGUAAAUUGUUUAUUUCUGUAUAGAUCAAAGGUAAGAGUACAAAUGACAAAACACAUCUUACACAUCUGUGAGUGCUACAUGUCAACUGAGGCUGGAAGAGCUGAUUGAACUCCUUGUGUAGGUUUUGGAGCUGUUGGGAAUUUUCUCUUGAGAUAGUAUAGAGUACAACUAAGGUUAAAGAACAAGGAAUGUUGCUGUGAUUGUGGGUAAGAGCGAAGAGCCUGUUUAUAAUCGAAUAUUCUCAAUCCUUUUUUUUUUUUUUUUUCCAAGACCAAAACAAAUUUGUAACAGUAAGAGGUUACUGUUUUUUUUCCUUAUCUUUGGCAAAGCUAUAAAAUGAAGUACAACUACAGUCUGACUUUCCAAACAACUAUUUAGUUUAGCAGUCUGUAGGCCUUUAAGCUUUUUUCAAGCUAGCAGCUGUUCCACCAGUGUCGGUAAAUUUCCCUGAGAGCGUUACUUUUUUAAAAGCUCAAACAUCAAACUGAUUUUCUUUCUAUAUUUAAACCAGCAAUAAAUAACUUUUUUUUUUAGACACUUGGGGGUAUUGAAACAAGCUGUAAACACGAUGACAUCACCUUUUCAGUAAAAUGGCUAAAUUGUUGGUAAAGAAUUCCCUAUUUACACAUCCAGCAGUUACUGAGAGACAUUAGCUUCCAUUUGGAGUUGUUGAAUUAAAGUCCAAUAUUUAAUCUUUUUUUAGCUCCAUUUUGGUCUCCGCCAAACCUUUAGGGAAGUAUCUGGCUCUUUUAGCUGCUAAAUGCUCCACUAUGCUCACCAGUGUCUGCCAUUUCAUGCUAGGCAGGUAGCUUACAAUUGUUUUGUGUUGAUUCUUAAGUGAAAACAGCUGCCUACUGAAGCUGACCAUGCUAUUAGAGCAGUGAGAAUGAACCAAAACAAUGAAUAUUGGGGUGUAAAAUCAAAACAGUGAAUGCUAUCUCUCUGCACAUUCAUCAACAUGAACAACCUGUCACAAGUAGAACAUUAAUAUGAAAAUACACAAAAUAAAAAAAAAAACAUUUAUUUAAAAGGUUUAGCACCUGAUCACUUUAAUAAAGAUCAAUAAAUGUUUAGCUUGUCAACACUCAAAAACUGCAGUUCUGAUGAGGUGAUGAUCAUGUGUCUAUGGCUAUGCUCAAUGUUUACUGUCCAGUAAAUGCCCAUUUAACUUUGAAUAUGUACAGAAAACUCCAGUAGCAUGAUUCAAAAACUGAUGAGAAACCCUUUUGUGGGAAAUUACAUUGAGAACCGAAAGCUAGUGGAACAAAUGCUAACGUCGAAAAGAGAUAGGAAGGCUCGUUACAGUGACAGCAGUGGUUGUCAAUUAGUGGUAACUGUCUUUCUUUGUCUUUUCUCCCAUUCAGUGUUGAAGGGGGCAUCACUGUCUCAGCAAAUCAAGCUUUACACAGACUCCUCAUAUUGGCCUUUGAUAAUUCAGGAAUUCAGACGUUUUUCUGAACGACUAACGAUGAAAGAAGUCUAAAGUCUCCUUUAGAACAAUUUGAGACUUUGACCUGGUUUUACUGCUGUGUAUCUGAAAGGUGUGGUGGCUAAAGUCUUGCUUUAUGAUGUCCUACCUGGAACUUCCUAUAAGAUCUUGUGUUGAUUAGAGCUUUUAGUCUUCAUCUAAAUGUGCAACGAGAUGUUAAGGGGAUGAACCUGUAUAUGGCGGAAAAGCUUAACUCAACCCUGGGUAAUUGGCAAUGAUUUAACUCACUCUCGGUGGUUUGAUGUUGGUGACAGGUACUGUCAAAAUGAAUGUGAGGAGGAUUUCCAAAAGUAACAGCCAGUGACUUAAUUAUUAAUGACCACUUGUUUUUUGUCCAUAUUUUUUUCCUGUUUUUUCUUUAAUCGGUCGUGUUGUUGACGAGCUAAUUUCUUGUAUAUAGCUAACACAGCACCCUAACAGCCAGAGGACGCACUGUGGCUUUGGUCAAUAAGGUUUAGUGUCCUUUUCUCUUUUUUUGAACAACUCCCUUGUAAUUCAAAAUUCAGGCUCUGUCAUAAUUAGAGUAAUUUAGGCUGGAGUUCAGGAGGGAUUUUAUGAAAUAAAUAUCUCAACAUAAAUGGAUUAUGGUUAUGUGGAGUUAGGAUGGAGCAAACACAAAUACCCUUUCUACCUGGGGGUUUCUGCCGUUGUAAUUGGCUCUUUUUGUACGAUGUUGAAGCUUCUGAACUUUGGGCGAAACAGAGGAUUGAUUAGUGAAAGUACAGUUGGAGAUUCCCAUGAAGUCGCUUCCUUUUAAUUUAAAGUUGACGGUUUAAAUAUGUAUUUCCAUGUCAAUUAGCUGGCCCCAUCUUGUGGACGAAGCAAAAAAAAAAUUAUAUUAAAAGCACAUCACUAAACAGCUGAGGAUUGUAACAUUCAGUUUCCUUUAGCAUGAGACAUGAGACUAUUUUAUCAACUGAAUGACUUUAAAAAAAAAGAAUAUGUAAAUUGAUUUAAAAAGAUUGCCCCUAAAAUACUUGCAGUUGAAUAACAAACUAAAAACACACACUUGUAGCUGUUGACCUCAGCCUUGAAGUGACGGUCGUAAUUGUGUUCUCCAAGGUGUAUGUGUCACUGGAAUUUUCUUUUCCUCUUUUGUCAUUUGGGACUGUGGAAUAAAACCAGUGCGAGAAGACUGAAGAUUGUAAUAUAAAUGUGCCAACAAAUAAACACCAGUAUUUCACAUUCAG